AUGUCAGGUGAGGUUUCUGACUUAGAGCUCUCAGAAAACGAUGAAAGUGGCCCUGAUGAUGCAGAAUCUAUUCCACAAUGCACUAGACCUGGUGCUGAUGUAGUCACAAACUACGAAGAGGAACAACUGGAGGACGAGGGCAGCACAGAAGAAGAUGACCAAAAUCAUACUUAUGCACAGGACUCAAAUGUUGAAGACUCUAUUAUUCCAUCUGAGUGGGUGUUUACUGAAAAAAGUGGAACAGCAAGACUAUGUCGCAUGCCAAAUGUACCUUUCACCAGUGAUAAGGAUUUGAAAAAGAAAGGGUGUGGUUUUUCUGAAGAAGUGGUGAGCAUGAAUGAAGCAGUGAUAAUGUGUAAAUGGUUUGACAACAAACCAGUAGUUCUGGCAUCAAAUUUUGUAGGAUGUGGUAGUCAAGAUGAAGUACAGCACUGGGAAAAAUCAAGAAAGACAUAUGUUUCGGUCUCACGGCCUGAAGUUGUACGUCGUUACAACCAUGCUAUGGGUGGUGUUGACAAAAAAGAUAUGUUAAUUAGCACGUAUAGGAUUUUUAUUAAAUCUAGAAAAUGGACAUUGAAAAUGUUGCUCCACGCUGUAGAUUUAUCAUGUGUGAACAGUUGGUUGGAAUACAAAAGAAAUACUGAAUCACUGGGAGAGAAAGAGACAAUGGAUUUGCUUCAUUUUAAGAUGAGAAUAGGAGAGGCUCUUGUAAAAAUGGGCACUAGUACCAAAGUGAAACGUGACAGACCCAGUAGUGAUUUAUAG